AUGUAUGCAGGAAUAAUUAAGUGUAGGAAUCAGAGAUGGGGCUUUUUCUUUCAUCCAUCAAAGCAUUUCAUUAGGUCAAACUGCCAGGAUCGGCCUCUGAGCUGUACAACACUAUUGAGGGACCGCUCUUCGCAUGUUAGUUUCAUUAAAAAACAGCUAUUAUAUUCAAUUUCAUCAAGGAGCGCUACCUUUGGAAAUAGAGAUUGGACGAAUAUUCAAUUCCGCACUUGUAGUUCGGGAGCUAAUGGAAGGAAUACGAGUGAGGAUAAACAUGCCCCAGUGAAAGAUGGGGCGAGCUUUGAUAAUGAGAAGACUCGGCGAGAAACAGUUAGUGAAGAUGCAAAGCAUUGUGAUGCACAUGGUCGACUAGGGGAACAUGAUCAAAAGGAAUGGCUUCAGAAUGAGAAGCUUGCUAUAGAAAGUAAAAAGAAGGAAUCUCCAUUUUUAACUAGACGAGAAAAGUUUAAAAAUGAGUUCUUGCGGAGGAUUGUUCCAUGGGAGAAUUUACAUGUCUCUUGGGAUGAUUUUCCAUACUACAUCAAUGAGCACUCCAAAAAUACUCUGGUGGAAUGUGUUGCUUCCAAUUUGAAACAUAAAAAAUGCACCACUUCCUACGGGGCUCGUCUGACUUCUUCAAGCGGGAGAAUUAUGCUGCAGAGUGUUCCAGGAACUGAGCUUUAUCGGGAGAGAACAGUUAAAGCACUUGCACGGGAUUUACAAGUUCCCCUGCUGGUGCUUGAUAGCAGCGUUCUUGCUCCUUAUGAUUUUGGUGAUGAUGAGUGUGAAUCAGAUGAUAAUGCUGAAUCUGUGGAGGAGUGUAGUUCGCAGUCAGAAGGUGAGGAUGACAAUGAUGCAGGCAAUGAAGAGGAAUGGGCAAGCAGUGCUGAUGCAAAAUCAGAUUGUAGUGAUGAUGAUGCAGUUGAUGUGGAGGCAACUGCUGAGGCAGCGCUGAAGAAGCUUCUUCCCUGCAGCCUUGAAGAAUUUGAGAAGCUUGAUCUCAGCAACACCAGGUCUGGAAUUGGGGAUGAUACAGUGAUUUGGAAAGCAGCUCCAGUUAGAGUCUCUGGAGAACGUGACAGUUCUUCUGAAUCCCCAAAGAAUGAGACUGCAGACCCUUCUGAGACCCCCAAAAGGCCACUUAAUAAAGGGGAUCGGGUGAAGUACAUUGGGCCAUCCAUACGCAUUGAGGCUGAUGACAGGGUCAUAUUGGGGAAGAUACCAACAUCUGAUGGUCUGAAAAAUGCUUAUACAACUAUCCGUGGCAGGUUGUAUGCAAGCUCCACCUACCUUAGCACAGUUCCUUCAUCCAACCUAAAAUUCUCCAACUACCCUGCUAAUCAUGACAAUUUUCUUUUAAAGGAUUAUUGCUUGGGAUGGGGACCUAUCUCUAAUCUUUUCAAAGCAGUUUUAAGUAUCGAAAAUGAUAAUGGUGCUUUAGCAACUUUAGAGCAUAUGGAUGUGAUGAAACAAAAAUACAUAGUUGCAUGGCAAUACAUGCUUGAUAGAGUGGACGGUUCUGGUGGAGUUGCAGAACUUUUCAUCAGAGAGUGUUAUGUUUUCAGGCCUUUAUCAAGUGGUCAACGCGGGGAGGUAUAUGAGGUGAAUGGCGAUCGAGUUGCUGUAAUUUUGGAUACUGGAAAUGAUAACAAAGGAAAUGAAGGAGAGAAGGAUGAGAAGCUCACGGAGCAGCCUGCAAAAGCACCAGUUUAUUGGAUAGAUGCUAAGGACAUUGAGCAUGAUCCUGACACUCUGACAGAAGAUUGCUAUAUUGCAAUGGAGGUUUUGUGUGAGGUUUUGCAUUCCAUGCAACCCCUCAUUGUCUAUUUUCCCGAUUCUUCUCAGUGGUUGACUAGGGCAGUUCCCAAGUCAAACCGCAAGGCUUUUGUAAGCAAGGUGCAGGAAAUGUUUGACAAAUUAUCAGGUCCUGUUGUUUUGAUAUGUGGACAAAACAAAGCUGAAACAGGACCAAAGGAGAAAGAGAGAUUUACAAUGAUACUCCCGAAUUUUGGUCGUCUGGCAAAGCUGCCUCUCUCCUUGAAGCACCUCACUGAGGGACUCAAAGGUGCAAAGAGAUCCAAUGAAAAUGACAUAUCUAAGCUCUUCACCAAUAUUUUGUGCCUCUACCCCCCAAAGGAGGAAGAUCUUCUUAGAACAUUCAAUAAACAGGUUGAAGAGGACAGGAGAAUCGUGAUAUCAAGGAGCAAUAUAAAUGAACUGCAUAAGGUUCUCGAGGAAAAUGAGAUGUCUUGCAUGGACCUACUGCAUGUAAAUACAGAUGGCCUGAUUCUAACAAAGCGGAAGGCUGAAAAACUUAUUGGCUGGGCAAAGAAUCAUUACUUAUCAUCUUGCCUGCUCCCAUGUAUAAAAGGGGACCGAUUGUCUUUGCCUUAUGAAAGCCUUGAGAUAGCUAUUGUGAGGUUGAAGGAGCAAGAAACCAUAUCUGAAAAGGCAUCACAGAAUUUGAAGAACUUGGCAAAGGAUGAGUAUGAAAGCAACUUUGUUUCAGCUGUGGUAGCUCCGGGUGAAAUCGGUGUCAAAUUCAAUGAUGUAGGUGCUCUUGAAGAUGUGAAGAAGGCUUUGAAUGAACUCGUCAUUCUUCCAAUGAGGAGACCUGAACUUUUCUCUCAUGGAAAUUUGUUGCGGCCUUGCAAAGGAAUUUUGCUUUUUGGACCUCCUGGAACAGGGAAAACCCUUCUUGCCAAAGCACUUGCAACAGAGGCAGGGGCAAACUUUAUCAGUAUAACGGGUUCAACUCUUACUUCAAAGUGGUUUGGAGAUGCUGAAAAGCUCACCAAGGCUCUCUUCUCCUUUGCCAGCAAGCUGGCUCCUGUCAUCAUAUUUGUUGAUGAGGUUGACAGUUUGCUUGGUGCUCGUGGUGGUUCUUUUGAGCAUGAAGCAACUAGAAGAAUGAGAAAUGAGUUCAUGGCAGCCUGGGAUGGAUUGAGAUCAAAAGAUAGCCAGAGAAUCCUUAUCCUUGGUGCCACAAAUCGACCAUUUGAUCUUGAUGAUGCUGUAAUUCGUCGGUUACCUAGAAGAAUAUAUGUGGACCUACCAGAUGCUGGAAAUCGUAUGAAGAUUCUCAGAAUAAUUCUGAAUCGAGAAAAUUUAGAACCUGAUUUCCAGUUCAGCAGUCUUGCAAAUGCAACUGAGGGAUAUUCUGGAAGUGAUUUGAAGAACCUAUGUAUUGCUGCAGCAUAUAGACCAGUUGAAGAACUUUUACAAGAAGAAAAGGGAGGCAAGAAUGGUGCAGCUCCCGCAUUAAGACCUCUUAAUUUGAAUGAUUUCAUCGAGUCAAAAGUAAAGGUGGGGCCUUCAGUUUCCUUUGAUGCAGCAAGCAUGAAUGAGCUAAGGAAAUGGAAUGAACAGUAUGGAGAAGGUGGAAGCAGAAAAAAAUCACCUUUUGGUUUCUGA